GGGAGGAUGGCAUCGUGUCAUGGUUCAGGAAUGGGAUUCCCCGAUUCAGUGCCCUCACUGAAGACAUUCCGGAGCCGCUGGCACUGGGUGUGCCGGACACCGAGAAAGUUCCAGCAGCUUCUCAGAGAAGCUCUUCCCGAACCCCCACUGCCGAACCAAGGCACAACCGCAGGACUGUGUUCGGACUCCAGGCUGGGCCGGGCGAGCCCCGCGUGAAGGGCCCGCGCCCGCCUGCUUGAACCUGAGGGCCCGAACCGAGGAUGCGGCUCCAGCGGCAGGGGAAGGGACUGGAACGGGGAAGGGAUGAGCCGCACAGGCCGGAAGGCUGCAGGCCCGCAGAGUGCAAACAGCAGCCUGCGGAGGGUGACGGCUCCGCCUUCUUCCCCUUUCCUUCCUCCCCUCCUCUUCCUGCCGGCCCUCCCCUCGCACCUACGGGCUGGGCGGGCUCCCAAGGCGAGCGGCGGGACGGGGCCGGUGCGUGCCGAUGCGGUGCUGACCGGUCCUCUCAGGCCCGGUUCCCGCUCCGGGCCGGCAGCCCCGUGGGAGCAGCAGCGUGGGGCUGAGGGGAGGCCAUGGGCCGCAGCCGUUCCCGGUCACCGCCGCGGCGGGAGCGCCGGCGCUCGCGCUCCACGUCCCGGGACAGGGACAGGCGGCGGCGGGAGCGAUCGCGGUCCCGGGACAGGGACAGGAGGAGGAGCCGGUCCCGCUCCCCACACCGGAGACGAUCCAGCAGGUCCCCACGCCGGCACCGCUCCAGCUCCUCGUCACCAGCACGGCCCAAGGAGCGCCGGGAUGAGGAGAAGAAGGAGCUCAAGGACUCCAAGAAAGAGCGACAGAUCACAGAGGAGGAUUUGCAGGGCAAGACAGAGGAGGAGAUCGAGAUGAUGAAGAUGAUGGGUUUUGCCUCUUUUGAUACCACCAAGGGGAAGAAGGUGGACGGUGCUGCCAAUGCCUAUGCCAUCAAUGUGUCCCAGAAGAGGAAGUACAGGCAAUACAUGAACAGAAAAGGAGGAUUCAAUAGGCCCCUGGAUUUCAUCGCUUGAUGCUGGGACGUGACUUCCACCACGGAAAGAUUUUGCUUCCCUGCACUCUCCUGGGUGGCUCCCGUGCUGGAUUCCAGUGGAAUUUGGAUUUUUCCCAACAAAUCCCACAGCCAGAGCCACCAUGAGUUUCCAUUUCUCAGAUUUUUGUCAUUAUUUUUUUUCACAACAAAGGUCAGUUUCUGGCUGGGAUUUUGCUGUUUUCCCUGGUUUUGGUUUGUUUUCCCGUUAAUAAAACCCCAGAUUUUUUUUUUUCUU